GCCGGCGGCUCCCGCGGAUCCGCCUGGGAGGUCCACCACAUAUGAAUUUUGUGGCUCUGGAAGCGAUUGGUGAGAGCAGCCUUUAUGGAUGAGGCUACCAGAAAAGCAGAGGAGCAGGCCCUGAAGCUGGCAGAAGCCAUCAGCGGAGGGGACGAGAGGGCAGCCCAGGAGUGUGCCGCCUGGCUGGCCCAGCGACGUGCCCCCGUCGUGGUGCAGCUACAGCAGGACGCCUACUCCACGCAAGACAUCAGGCUGUGGGUGGGCGUGGAAGAUGCCCAGAUGAGCACCGUCCCCAUUUACCUCAAAGUCCAGCCUUGCAUGACGUUGGCAUCCCUCAAAGACAUGGUGUUCCUCCACUACGGCUUCCCCCCCUGCAUCCAGAGGUGGGUGAUGGGGCAGAGGCUCCCCCGAGACCACGAGACCCUUCACUACCACGGCAUCCAGAAGGACGGCGAUGCAGUUUACCUGUACCUUCUCUCUGCCAGGGCAGCAAAGCUUAGCAAAGACGCCUUGGAGCGGGACCACGAGCGCAGGCAGCUGGAAGAGCUGGGCAUUCGAGAGGGUGUCUUGGUGCCACGGGGGACGCCAGAACCGGCAGCCUCGACGCCAGCGGGCCCCUUGGGCACCCCGAACCUCCAAGAGGAGAAGAGGGGCACCACAUCACCUCUGCCUGCCAUGCCCCCACUGGUCGGCUGGGAAUGCCCAACGUGCACCUUCGUCAACAAGCCCACCUGGCCUGGCUGUGAGAUGUGCUGCGCUGAGCGCCCCAAGGGAUACACCCUGCCAGAAGGGUACCAGCCGGAUGUGGAGGAGCUGCAGCGGUUGCAGAAGGAGGAGGAAGCCACACGCCAGUAUGAGCAGGCUAAGGAGCAGAAGAAACAGAAAAACUACCAGCGGCUCCUGCAGCUGGAUGGACAGAGCUUGGUGCCGUCGGACGAGGCCCUAGAGUGCCCCAUCUGCUUCUUGUCCCUGCAGCCGGGCGAGGGGGUGACCUUGCGGGAAUGCUUGCAUUCCUUCUGCAAGGACUGCUUGAGAGGAACCAUCCUCAACAGCCAGGAGCCUGAAGUACGCUGCCCCUACAUUGACGAAAAAUACUCCUGCCCGGGGCAGUUGCUGGAGCGAGAGGUCAAAGCGCUCCUGAGCAAAGAUGAGUACCAGCGCUUCUUGGACCUGGGAGUCUCCAUUGCCGAAAACCGCAGCCGCUCCAGCUACCACUGCAAAACCACGGACUGCCGGGGCUGGUGCUUCUACGAGGAUGACGUGAACGAGUUCCCAUGCCCCGUGUGCGGGAAGGUGAACUGCCUGCUUUGCCAGGCUAUUCACGAAAACAUGAACUGCAAAGAGUAUCAGGAUGAUCUCCAGAUCCGAGCUCAGAAUGACCAGGCUGCACAGCAGACCACGCAGAUGCUGCUGAACAUGGUUCAGAAAGGGGAGGCCAUGCACUGUCCCACGUGCAAGAUCAUCGUGCAGAAGAAAGACGGCUGCGACUGGAUCCGGUGCACUGUCUGCCACACGGAGAUCUGCUGGGUGACUAAAGGGCCGCGGUGGGGGCCCGCGGGUUCUGGCGAUACCAGCGGGGGCUGCCGCUGCAAGCUGAACGGAGCCCCCUGCCACCCCAACUGUCAGAACUGCCAUUAACCAAGAGUGGAGGAGAACUCUGAACAUCUGGAAGAAGAGGCUGUCUCGCUUGGCGGGCAGGGGAAUGGAAGUCAGGAGCGAACGUCAAGCUGAGCUCUGGACAGCCUGGGCUUUUGGAAUGGCUCUGGCACAGCGAAGUUCAAGACUCACAGGCUCAGCUCAUUCGCCAUAGAGAAGACGACUUGCUCCCCUGUAUUUCCAUACAUGUGAGGGCUGGGCAAAAGGAUUGAGUGGGAAUGCUGGCCUCUUAGUGGGUUCGAGGGCAUGCUGGACUUCUUAUUGUAGUCCUCAUGCAGACAGGCUUUUUGCGAUGUCCGUGGAGAGACACCGUUUUUGCUCCUUUCUCUACAACCAGUUUUCCCUGCUUCCCUUCCUAAUGGCAGCAUUACAUUCUGCAUCCUUCCAAGGCUAUAGGAGCAGAGGCUGCUCUUGCUAAGAUGCAGGUGCUUAGCUAAGCUCUGACCCCUAUCACAGAUUGGGGCAUUGCCCUAUUGGUGCAUUACAACCAGGCUUGUCGGCACUCAGAUCCACUACAAAAUAUGCUGGGUUUUGUGUACAAUUUUUACUUGAUUUGCCCUAAUAAAAGUUAUUUAUAAACUAAA